AUGUCUUCUGUUCACGGAUUCACUGUCAAAAACGCAAAGGGGGAGGAUACUCCACUCUCUAAUUACCAAGGAAAAGUGCUCGUCAUUGUGAACGUUGCCUCCCAGUGCGGGCUCACCAACUCGAACUACAACCAGUUCAAGGAGUUGCUCGAUGUCUACAAGAAGGACGGCCUCGAGGUUCUCGCCUUCCCUUGCAACCAAUUUGGAGGCCAGGAACCAUCUUGUGAGAUCGACAUCGCCGCAUUUGUCGCCGACAAGUUCAAGUUCGAGCCAACUCUCUUCCAAAAAAUCGAUGUUAACGGAGAUAAUGCCGAUCCGCUGUACAAGUUCCUGAAGCAAGAGAAGGGAGGAUUCUUGGUUGACGCCAUCAAGUGGAAUUUCACCAAAUUCCUCGUCGGACGCGAUGGAAACGUCAUCAAGAGAUUCUCGCCAACCACCGAGCCAAAGGACAUGAAGAAGGACAUCGAAGCUGCUCUUCAGGCUAAAUUGUAG